AUGAUAAGAACUUCGCCAACUUGGUCUACUCCAUGGACGUGUUCAAAUAACUAUCCUCAUACAUGCGAACCAUGUAGACCAGUAUCACAAAAUGUUGUAGAUAUGAUAGACUCGUAUCCAGAAACUAUUCCUCUCUCUGAUUUAUCAUCAUUUUUCUCUCUUGGAUUGAAUUCCGAAGGUCAAAAUGCAUGCAAUGAUUCAAACGGUUUACAGUCCCCCAAUGACAUUAGUGAUAAAAUUCAUAAAACAGCAAAUCCCGGUCAUUUCUACUCAUCAAAGCCAUCAUAUUCUGUUUGUACACAUGAGAAAAAUCCUCAUUUAUUUCGCCCAAUUCCUAUUCGCGAAGAAAGCAAAAUUCAUGGGGAUUUGUUCAAUUCUUCAACUUUAUCUUUGAUAAAUACAUAUUCUAAUCGACGUACUGCCGUGCAACCAAAUAGAAGCACUGAUAUAAACUCCAGUGCUUCUAUUUCACGGCAAUCACAACAUGCGAACUGUCGGCCCAGAACUAUAUCCUAUACUGCCUACUUAGACUCAUCAAUUAAGAAACCACAAAUUAGCAGGCCAGGUUCUGCACCAUUACAACGUGAGAAUUUAUUUAUUCCCGAAGAAGAUUCCGAUUCAAGUGAAAAUAAUGAGCGUUCAGAAGAAAUGAAGGACAGUUACUUCGUGCAUAAACGCCGUAAUAAGAAAUCAACAUCCAAAAUGUCUACACGUAGAUUUUCGCAAAACUACCAGUCUAACUCGUGUGGUCAUUGCGGGACGGAUAUAAACGAGAAUAAUUUUGAGGAUGCAAGCAUCCUUGAGAGCGCCAAUUCUACGAACGUGGGACAUCACGGUAGAUAUACGAAUUGUAUUUAUAACAGGGCAACAAACGUAGCUGGCCAACAUAUAUAUCCAAGAAUAAAUUUAGAUAGUAACAAUUUACAUAUAUCUCCUGACCAGUGCCUUACAAAUUUAUCAUUAUGUCCAGAUUAUAGAUCAGUUCAACAUGAUGUAAGCCGUUCAAACACAUAUGGGAAAGGUUAUUCACCGAACUAUACUGUCGCUCCUCUCUGUUCCAUCAUUUCAUUACCCACUUCCCCCAUGAUGAAUACCAUGCCAACAAUGACAAAUAAUUUAAAUGAAUUGAAUAAUCAUAAUGAUAAUAUACCAACAUUACAAUCGACGCCUAUGCCUGACGUUGUACCCCGAUUCGGGUUACAUAUGAAUAAUAAUAAUAAUGAUACUACUGCAAUUACAUCAAAUAUAACUUCACUUCAUCAUUCUGUAUUAUUACAACCAAGAUGUUCAUCUGUUCCACUUCUACAGCCAACAUCAUCACCAACAACCUUAGGUUUUAAUCCAAAUUAUUCUCACUGUCAAUAUCGUCGGCAUCAACAACCUUCAGAUCACCAUUAUUACUGUGAUCAUUGUAAUUUAUCAACUGUACCACAAUUCAUUCACAACGGUGGAGCAAACAUGAAUCUCUCGUCUACAUCGAUUAAUCCAAUACAACAUACAAGUUUAUUAGCGAGACGUUUGGCUUAUGUUGCAGAUGAAUUAAUGAUAGAUUAUUCAAGAAGAAAUCGAUCGGGGCGGUAUAAUUUGACAACCGGGAUCUUAUUCAAUUAUGGAAUUAGAACAGCGAAUUACAGUAUACAAGCAUUUUGGAGAUUUUCAUUGAAUCUAUUUUCAUUGUUUACAUUUACAGUCGAUUAUGUAUUACGAACUAUACGAUUAAUUAUUGGUCAAUCACCGUCACCGCAAAACAAUACAAAUCCAUCAGAGAAUAUUGCUAAUCCGUCAAUAAACUCUUCAAAUCAAUGUACCGUUUAUUCCAGACAAAGUAUAUUAAGGCAUAGUACUAAUAAUGACAAUGAUAGUGGGGCCGUUGUUGGUAAUUACUCUAUAUUUCCUCCACAUAAUCAUUAUUAUGUAAAUGAAUCUAAUCAAUCUGAUCUUAGGAAUUCAGCUCUGUCUCUCCCCUCCUCUUCCUCUUCUUUUUCUCCUGCUAUUGGUAGUAUCAAUCAUACUGCAAGAUUUUGUCAAUUAAGUCCCUCUACUCAAUUGUCAACAUUGCCAUCGUCUUAUAUAUAUCCUUACCACCAUAAUUAUUAUUACCAUCACCAUCAGUCUUCAACAUCUCAAAUGCUUCUAUUCCACUCUACUGAUGAACAAAGUUCUAAUUGUUCAGAAACAAGGACAAUUGAAACUGGUCAUUCGUCUAACUGUAUGGCGGAAAUUGGCAUAUCGGAUUCGGAUAGUAAUUAA